CCUGAAAUGGCCAAGCAAAAUUCCCCAUCACUAGUUGAAGUUGUAAAACGAGUUGCAGAGCAGCAGCAGUCACAAGUGUCAGACAUAGAAAAAAGCAAAACGGUUCUUUUCCAAUUGCAGGCAAGGUAUCAGGAACUAGAAAAAGAAAUUAAUUCUAUUCUGUUAGAAACAAAGACAACAGAAAGGGAAAUACAUCUGCAAGAUGAUGCCAUAGAAGUGACAAAAUAUCAGUGUGAAAAUCUGGAGGCCCAAGUCAGAGCCCUGUAUUCUGAAAAUUUAAAAUUGAGGUGUGAUGCAGACACAGUGCAAGAGGAGUUUGAGAUGAUACUUGCAAGAAAUAAUGAAUAUCGGGAAAAAAUAAAGGAUCAUAAACAUCUAUUUUGGGAGAUGGAAAGUAAAUUGCCAGUUAUGAUUGAACUUGCUGAAAAGAAAGCGGUUGUGGAAGAAUUAAAGGCAAAGAAAGAGGAGUUAAUAUGUGAUCUCCAGAAUCCAGAAGGAUCUGUUAUAAAACAAGAGCAGGAAGAAAUCACACUUUUAAAAAGUGAAAUCACAACAUUGAAAGAUUUCAUCAAUAAAAAAAGAGAUCUGCUGGAAGAAGAGAAAAAAAAGCAUGCUAAGCUUAGAAAAGAAAUUGAGGUACAGAAUAAAAGAUAUGAUGCUAUUUUGAAACGUUUGCAUUGCCAACUGAACAAAGUCCAUUCAAAUAAACGACAAUGGCACUGGAACAUUCAGCAGUUGGAGAAGAAGGCCGCAGAGCUAAGAAAGUGUCUUGGAGUAGCAGAGUUACAAAACAUCAUGUAA